CUUGACUCUCGCACUGUGCGACCGCCAUCUCCUGCCCGACUUCCCGUACACACGGGCGUCUAGUUCAUUCUCUGCCGCCGUACAUUUAUAUACCCGACCAUCACAACUUGACACCGCGCAAGUGUGGCAUCGUCGCUUUCGCGAUACGCCGCCUUGGUGUCAUUUUGGUUUGAUGCGUUUGAGAGCGCGCACCGCAUCUUUGCUCUCUGCCCGGCCAUCUUGGCUAUCCGUCGUGCACAUAGUGUGCAACUCUGGCGAUACCUCCUCUCUCCUUGAGGGCAAAACUGCAGAUCAUAUCAGGGAGGUUUUCGAUAGGGUCGAACGGCGCUUGUUUUCUGACGACGCGGGGCUGUGGCAACAAUAUCGAACGCGUUAUUAUGCAACGUGGGUGCUUCAUCCCCACAACCUGCUAGUACGGCGAUGGAACCUAAAUUGUUGUCACGAUUAGCGCAAACGUGGCAUGUACGUGGUAUUCGGCAUGCGGGACAUAUUUGGGUAGAAUACAAGCGACGUGUCUGUGCUAAUCCUCCCUUCCACGUUACACAUCCCUCGCUUGAUAGUUAUGCGUAUCUUUUGCCCGAUAAUUUGUGAGCUUGGCUUUGAUUCUUUAUGUGCUUAGUUUGUAGCUGAGCUUAUGUGAGUAGCCAAAUAAAACAUUCAUAUUCAUAUU